GUACCUAUAUGUGUGUGCGCGCGCGCGGAAUAGCGGAAUGCAUCUAGCCAGUGGCACGUCCCUGAAUUGCUCUUCUCUUCGUGUUGAGUUCAGCCAUUUCUGUCUGCACUCUCAGGUUUUUAUUAGAUUUGUUCUCGAAACCUUGUUAUUUGUUGUUCUGGUUGAUUGAUUCAUUGAUGGAACUUCAUCUGGAUCUUUGAAGGCAGGGAGGUGAAUUUCAAUUGUCAGUAGAUAUGGUUUCCUUUGAAAUGAAUGAUCGCAAGAAGAUUGGCCUAGGACUGACAGGAUUUGGGAUAUUUUUCUCAUUCCUGGGAAUUGUAUUCUUCUUUGACAAGGGAUUACUUGCCAUGGGAAAUAUCCUGUUCUUCUCAGGAGUAACUCUCACCAUUGGACUCAAGUCAACCAUGCAAUUCUUUAUGAAACGUCAAAAUUUUAAGGGAACAAUUUCUUUUGGUUUAGGGUUCUUCUUUGUUAUCAUAGGAUGGCCAAUCAUUGGCAUGAUAUUGGAAGCGUAUGGUUUUGUUGUUCUUUUCAGUGGCUUCUGGCCAACAUUGGCAGUCUUUCUUCAGAAAAUUCCAGUUCUUGGAUGGUUAUUUCAGCAACCAUAUGUCAGAUCGUUCUUCGACAAAUACCGGGGUAGACGUGUACCGGUUUGAGCAGGGAAGUUAUAAAUCUGUUGGUAGGUGAAAUUGUAAGUUGUAAACCACUCUUGGUUGGAGUCCUAGUUUUUUGUUCAGGUGGCGAGAGUAGAAACU